AUGAUUGAAACCUCGUCCUCCGGCUGGCUUCAGUGGACCAUCCUCCUGGUCCUAACCGCCCUAAUUCUCUCCACUGUCGUGCUCGCACAAGUUGUCGCAACCUAUUCCACUGCCUAUGUCGCCGCGCCCAGGGAAAUCGCCACUUUUAAGGAUACUGUCGAGUUCUCCAUCCAGGAGAAUGAGAGCUACGACCGCGAUGUCACCAAGGUCCAGCGGCUAGAUGACAAGUUGCGCCUGGGGCGGCUGCUUCGCGAGAUCCAGAAGGGAGGCGACGACCUGCGCGAGGAGCUCAACUCCCUCCUCAUUGAUGAGGACACCACCACGCUGCGCACAGGCGCUCGCCUUAUGUGGGCGACCAAGAGGAGACACCUUGAGGACAGCGUGCGCAGACUGGACCUGUUGCGCAUGCGCUUUCUCGUCGUCUACAUGGGUAUCAUCACGUCAAUCGCGGACAAGCAGCCCCCAGCCCCGCCACCUCUACCCAGAGACCCCGAGAAGCUAUCGCUCAUGAGGACCCCUACAAGACCAGCCAAGCCCACUUUACAGAAAGCCCACACGGACAACAAUGUCAAGGCGCGCCCGCCGCUCCGGAGACUCACCACCCAGGCCAUCGGACACCAUGAGCAUACUGGACGGCCGCACCGCCAGGGCUGGGCUGGUGUCGUCGAGGAGCUCCAGCUCUCUCCCAGGAUGCAGCAGCGGCAUGCUUCAAUAGAAGCCUCGAUGGCGCAGCAAAUGUCGCCACCACUUCACACUUCAUGA